AUGAGUGUCUAUCCUUACUGUUUCUUCUGCAGGUUGAAAUACGCAGCAGCAGGGUCAGUGAAGCUGGACGACCUGCUGCUAAAUCAACUUCUUCAGUUCCUCAAACGUGUUGUUAAAGAAAUUCGUCGUCUGGAUGAGGCCACUCAGGCGAUUUGCGUGUUUUGUCGAAAUAAUCAUGAGACCUUCGAGAUCUACUCGAGUCACAGGGUUAAGGAUCGAGAUGGCCGCGUAACAUGUCCCAUCCUACGGAACAUCGUUUGUCCCAUCUGUUCAGCGACCGGCGACGCAGCUCACACGGUGCGAUUCUGUCCCCAGGCAGUCAUUCAAAAGCGGACUACUGUUCUGCCUUCAGCUUUUCUGCCACAUUAUUGUUCAGCAGUCAGCAACGGAAGUUCGCUGCUAAACUACCUACAGUUGCACUGUGCUAGCGAGUUCGGCGCAGCGUCCUCCACACUGUCAGUCCUACUGCGUUAA